AUGGCGGCUGUUCGGAGAGGUAAUGGCCACAAGAGCUAUUUUGCCAGUUCAGAUGACACGAAAAUCUGCGUGGUCAUGGUUGGCCUGCCAGCCCGAGGCAAAAGUCUCAUAGCUGGCAAAGCUAUGCGAUAUCUCGCGUGGGUCGGUAUCCCUGCUCGCGUCUUCAACGUAGGCAGCUACCGUCGAAACAACACGCCGCAGCCAACCGCCACUUUCUUCGAUCCUCACAACAGCGAGGGCGAGAAAAUGCGGCGAGCUGCCGCGGAGGCUGCCAUGUCCGAUAUGCUUCGGUGGUUUGCGUCGGGAAAAGGCGUCGUGGCUAUUCUUGAUGCCACCAAUUCCACGAGGGAGCGACGUCGCUGGAUCUACGAGAGCUGCGAUGCGGCCAAUGUGGAGACGUUAUUCGUCGAGUCGAUAUGCGACGAGGAAGACCUAAUAAUGAACAACAUUCUCGAGGUCAAAACCACGUCGCCGGAUUACAAGGGGCAGGACCCUGAGGUUGCUGCGCUCGAUUUCCGCAAUCGAAUCCGCAAUUACGAAAAGGCCUAUGAGACCAUCGAUGAUAACGAGAAGCACUUUACAUAUGUGAAGCUCAUCAAUGUCGGCUCCACGGUAAUCAUCAAUCAGAUCAAGGACUAUCUAUCCAGUCGCCUAGUCUACUACAUCCAAAAUCUCCACAUCAAACCCCGCUCGAUUUGGCUGUCUCGUCAUGGAGAGUCCGAGUACAACCUAGUAGGCAAGAUUGGCGGGGAUUCCAGCAUCUCCGAGCGCGGAGAGGCUUAUGCUCGAGCGCUUCCGGGUCUUAUGAAGAAGUCGGGUAUUCCCCCUAACACGAAGAUCGUCAUCUGGACGUCCACGCUUCGGCGCACAAUCCAAACGGCCCGCCAUCUUGCCUCAGAAACGGGCUUCGAGAAGCUGGAGUGGAAAGCGCUCGACGAGCUUGACUCUGGUGUCUGCGACGGACUCACAUACGAGGAUAUCGCGCAGAAAUACCCCGAGGAUUUCGCUGCGCGCGACGAGGACAAGUACAACUAUCGCUACCGCGGUGGCGAGUCUUACCGCGACGUUGUCAUCCGACUGGAACCGAUUAUCAUGGAGCUGGAGCGCAGUGAGAACGUGAUGAUUGUCACCCACCAGGCGGUCCUGCGUUGUAUCUACGCCUAUUUCCUGAACACGCCGCAGGAGCAGAGCCCGUGGAUGGAGGUGCCCCUUCACACGCUGAUCAAGCUCACCCCUCGUGCCUACGGUACCGACGAGCAGCGGUUCAAGGCCGAUAUUCCCGCCGUGUCGACCUGGCGGGCCAAGGGGACUUCCGCGAAGCACCAAGAUUACCCUACCACCGAACCGAAGAAUGAAGUCGUCGCCGGAACCUCCACAGCAUGA